CUGUCAUCUACAUCUCUGUUGGGUUACUCAUUAUGCUGGUCAUCUUCCUCAUGGCGCUGACAGUGUUGUGUAGGAAGAGAAGAAGGAAAUCACCAAGAGUUACUCAACCUGGACCUUCACAACAAGUCUCCGUUGUGCUUCUUCCUUUGAAUGAAAACACUGCAGAGGACAUUGACUUUAACAACCACAAAUAUGAUGAAAUCAACAAGCUGCAGCAGAACAACAAAGACAUCACGACUGUCUACACUACAGCAGAUAGACUAGUUGAUCCAACAAUCUACUCUACAGCAGAUCAACCAGAAGUUUCAACUAUCUACUCAACAGCAGAUAAACCAGACGAUUCAAUGAUCUACUCGACAGCAGAUAAACCAUACGAUUCAAUGAUCUACUCCACAGCAGAUAAACCAGACGAUUCAAUGAUCUACUCGACAGCAGAUAAACCAGACGAUUCAAUGAUCUACUCCACAGCAGAUUGACCAAACGAUUCAAUGAUCUACUCAACAGCAGAUUGACCAAACGAUUCAAUGAUCUACUCAACAGCACAUAAACCAGACGA